CACCCCUAAAACCAAGACAGACCAAGACAGACUCGAAAAUGGGCUUGCCAGAUCAUGGUCGAAUCGAGCAGAACUAAGCGCAGAGAAGGGGAAACGACGGGGCACGCACGGCCUUCCACCGGCGAAGCCGCAGCCAUGGCGUUAUCCAUUUCCGCCUCUACGUGGCCGGCGCCGCUCCGUCGGGGGCCAUCCUCGGCCCAUCACGCGCAACAGCGCCGGAGCGGACCGCCCAGGCCCAGAGGGCAUUUAUCCUGCACGGCCCCGUUUGUCCCCGAGGUGUCGGAGGCGUUGGAAACGCUGUAUUCGGAAUUCAGGGCGGUGGAUAACAUGGUGGCUCAUAACUCCGCCCGGGUUCUUAAGGCUUUCAAGAACGCCCGGGUUGGACCGCAUCACUUCGGUGGCUGUACAGGAUAUGGCCAUGAUGAUGGUGGAGGGCGUGACGCCCUGGAUUGUGCUUUUGCUGAAAUUGUUGGUGCAGAAUCAGCGAUUGUUCGCUCACAGGUUCUCUCUCUGCUUAACUUUUCGUUGACGACAAUGAGCUUAUAUUGAUGAAUG